AUGAAUAAAAUAAAAAAACGUAAAGAAAAUUCUGAUGCCAAUAUAAAGAAGAGAAUAUCUCUGACUAGUGUACAAAAAAAGGAAUUAUGUGAAAAAAAACAUAGUAAUCCUAAUUUAAAAGAUGUAAAAUUAGCUAAGGAAGCCGAUAUACUUCUAUUUGCAGAAAAUUUGAAUGAUAGUUCUAUCUCUGUGUUUGAAAAAACUGAAUUAGAAGAUUUUGUGUCUGAAAAGACUGAAUUGGAAGUUGAAAUUAUAAAUCUUAUUGAACAUUUACUGAUUAAUGAUUCUUUGAAUAUACAAGAAUAUAUCAAGAUUGAUAAUUACAUGAAUAUUGAAGAAGACUUGACUGUGAAUGAUAUUGUCAAUAUAGUAAAUGGACAAGAUGAGAGUGAAUCAGAAAAAGAACAUGAAGAAAUAGUUAAAAUUGGUGAUGCAAUUAUAGAGUUUGAUAACUUGAUAAAAUAUAUUCAACAAAAUAAUCUAGAAAUUACUUCAUCUUUAAUAAAAAAGUUGUGUAGUCUUAAAAAAUAUAUCAUUUAUUUGCGUAAUGAAAGUAAGAGACAAGCUAUGUUAGAAGAAUUUAUUAGCCUUACGGUUUAG